UUGAAAUGUUAAGGUAAUCUUCGCUGCCAUGGUGGCCCUAAUGGCAUCCACCUGCUCGGCUGACAGUCUCCUGGACGCCCUUUUUCCGACCAUCGUGUCGCAAUAUUACAAACAAGCUCCGACCCAAGAGGGUUACCGUUUCAAUCUGGAGGAGCCCAAUGGCAGCAAGCGCGAGGAAAUGGGCGUCCUCCUCAAUCCGGGCACCGACAAGCAGGAACUCGUGGUGAUGGGUGCCUACUCCACGUACGACGAAAAGACCGACACGGAAACCACGACCAUGUACACGGCCGACAAGAACGGUUACAAGGCCCGCUACCAGAUCAAGAACCGCAAACUGGCGGGUCCCACCCUGAAGACUGCGGCUGGUUAAACCCGAUCCGGGUGCAGCUACGAGUUUAAAAUAGAUGAACCUUUUAGGAACUAGAUUUGGAACGAGCUUGAACGCUAUUAAAUGGGUAAUAAAUGCUAAACAUUUCUUCAAGCAUAUACAUAUGUUAGAAAAAUUUGUUUAUUGAGAUAUUU